UAAAAAACGCCACUUUCUUUACGGAGUGGCUUAUUUAUUUUUGCUUAGACGCUUGAACAUGGAAUCAGACAGCUCACCGGUCAAGUCUGACCUGGACUUGAGAAAUAAUGCCGAGGCAUCACGCUGUCUGAUGAUCUCCCCUGUGAAGAAGCUCAGUGCUCUUAGACUCGUAUCACCCUUCGACACAGACCAGGAAAUGAUAGACCUAGAGGUUGCUUCAGUUUUGGCUGAGGGAUGUUCUGUAUCUCCAGAGAAGUCAAAGCCACCAGGCACUGUCACUACAACUCCUGUCAGGCCGACAACUGUAAUGACAAAUAUUCAGAGAGGGAAUGUUCAAACAACAACUCCUGUGUUUCAAACCAUCACAAUCCACCAGUUGGCUGCCCAAGGAGAGCUCAACCAACUAAAACAUGAAGUAGAACAAGGGGUUGACAUAGAUAAGGUUGAUGACAGUGGAUUGUCUCCCCUUUUGUGGGCGUGUGCCAAUGGUCAGUGUCUGACUGCCCGCUACCUACUUGACCACCAGGCAGAUCUUGAUAUUGUUGGUAACCAUGGAGAGAAUGCCCUGCUGUUUACCAGCUGCUAUGGUUACAUUGACAUCCUCAAACACCUGCUGGCCCUUGGAAUGAAUGUAGAUUACACAGAUGAGACGGGUAGUAGUGGUCUGAUGUAUGCUGCAUACAACGGGCAUGGGAGCUGCGUUGGUGCACUGCUGGAGGCAGGUGCGGACCUCACACUGGAGAAUGAGAAUGGACACACCGCCAUGGACCUUACUAUUGGUCAGGGGCACAGGCAGGUCCAGCAAGUUAUAGAGAGCCACAUGUUGAGGAUGUUCGACUCCCUAACCUGAUGUAACGCUGGUGUUAACCUACAAUGUACAUCUCAUGAUCAUGUGACCUGAUGUAACGCUGGCGUUAACCUACAAUGUACAUCUCAUGAUCGUGACCUGAUGUAACGCUGGUGUUAACCUACAAUGUACAUGUCAUGUGACCUGAUGUAAUGCUGGUGUUAACCUACAAUGUACAUGUCAUGAUCAUGUGACCUGAUGUUACGCUGGUGUUAACCUACAAUGUACAUGUCAUGUGACCUGAUGUAACG